CUUUCCCAAACAUUCGAUCUUCUCUUUGGUCCUUUUCAAGAUUCCUUUCGUUGUUUCUUAGCAAAGAUAAGGAUCUUAAAGACUUAAACUUGGGGGUUCCUUUUGACCAAUCCUAGAACCCUAGACCCAAACCAGAGAAUUGACUUCAUCUCUGUUCUCUUUGCUCGACGCUGUCCUAAUCGAAAGUCCUAAUAUGGGUUCAAUCCAAAACACAGUUCACUACUGUUGUGUCUCGAAAGACAAUCAGAUUGUGUACGCUUACAACAAUGCUGGAGACCACCGCAACAACGAGAGUCUCGCUGCGUUAUGCUUGGAAAAGACUCCGCCUUUUCACAAGUGGUACUUCGAAACGAUGAGUAAGAGGACUUUUGGGUUCUUGAUGGAAGAUGGGUUCGUUUAUUUCGCCAUUGUUGAUGAUGUUUUCAGGAGAUCUAGCGUUCUUGAUUUUCUUGAGCAUCUGAGGGAUGAGUUAAAGAAAGCAAAUAAGAAGAACUCGAGAGGAAGCUUCUCUGGGAGUAUCAGUUUUAGCAAUGUUCAAGACCAGGUUGUCCGAAGACUCAUAGCUUCAUUGGAGACUGAUCUCACUUGUCUUCCAAUAUCAUCACCUUCCAUUGAUGGUGCUGAACAAAGCGAUGCAUCCACGAAAGCUCCACUUUUGGGAAGAUCAAACAAGCAAGAGAAGAAGAAAGGGAGAGAUCAUGUGAACUCACUGAGAGGCAUUGAGAUAGAUGAACACAGGAAAUCAAAUGAUAGAGGACACGUUACAGAAUGUUCUAAUUCUUCAUCUGCAGCAACAACAUAUGUUAGGGGACGAUCUGGUGGUUCUCAAAGCAUUGAGAGGAAGUGGCGGCGUCAAGUAAUGAUUGUUCUUGCCAUUGAUGCAGCUAUUUGCUUAACGCUACUUGGUGUUUGGUUGGCUAUUUGCCAUGGCAUUGAGUGUAUACGUUCUUGAUUAACAAGGCCUCAAAUCGUCUCUUCCCGAUUCGAGUUCUACUCUCACUUUCAUAUGCUUCAUUGAUCUAUCUAUUCUUUCACAUGCCUUUUUUUCUCUUCUGCAAAUUCUGUUGUAGAGACUGUGUAGUUUAACUUACUCUGCAGUAUUGUUGAUUGUAUAUUAGGUAUAUAUAGAUCUCAAGCUCCUGCCUUAGUUUAUGUAUGAUAUAAUUAUAGUGUUCAUUUGAUUUUACUGAACUGCAA